UCCUUGAUCUUAUCUCCAUUUGCUUCCAUCCUCUCUCCAGCAACCACACAACUCCAUAGUAGCCUUGGCUAGCGAGAGACCUACACAGGGGCGGCGAAGGAACGAGCAGCCGUACGCUGCUCUUUCACCAAUCUGGACAAGAUCAAAUCUGGACGUUGUUGAGUUUCUUAUUCCUCCGACCUGCAAGAUCAUGACAGAGUCGCUGCUUCUUCCUCUAGUGCGCGGCGUGGCCGGCAAGGCUGCAGACGCACUUGUUGAGACCGUGAGCCGCAUGUGUGGCCUCGACGAUGACCGCCGAACGCUGGAGCGCCAUCUGCUAGCCGUUGAGUGCAAGUUGGCGAAUGCCGAGGAGAGGAGUGAGACAAACAGGUAUGUCAAGAGCUGGAUGAAGGAGCUCAAGUCUAUCGCCUACGAGGCCGACGACGUGCUUGACGACUUCCGGUAUGAGGCGCUGCGCCGCCAGUCUAAGAUUGGCAAGUCCACUACCCACAAGGUACUCGGCUACAUCACGCGCCACAGCCCGUUGCUCUUUCGUUUUGAAAUGAGCAGGAAACUCAAGAACGUCCUCAAGAAGAUCAAUAAGUUGGUUAAGGAGAUGAACACAUUUGACUUGGAGAGUUCUGUCCGUAAGGAGCGGCAACAUCCUUGGAGGCAAACACACUCAAAACUGGAUGACACUAAGGAAAUCUUUGGAAGAGAUGAUGAUAAGAAGGUGGUGGUGAAGUUGCUGCUGAACCAGCAAGAUCAGCGGAAUGUGCAGGUGCUCCCCAUAUUUGGGAUGGGAGGUCUUGGCAAGACAACUCUUGCUAAGAUGGUGUAUAAUGACCAACAGAUCCAGGAACAUUUUCAGUUAAAGAUGUGGCACAGCGUGUCCGACAACUUUAAUGUCGUUGCUCUUUUGAAAUCCAUCAUUGAGUUGGCCAGAAAUAAAAGAUGUGACAUGCCUGACACCAUUGAGCUGUUGCGAAAGCAACUUGAGGAAGUCAUUGGCCAAAACAGGUUUAUGCUCAUGCUUGAUGAUGUGUGGAAUGAGAACGAGAGGAUGUGGGAGGAUGAUCUGAAGCCUCUUUUGUGUUCUGUUGGUGGACCAGGAAGCAUAAUAGUAGUCACAACUCGAAGCCAUAAAGUGGCCUCUAUAAUGCAGACCCUUCGACCCCUCAAGCUAGAAUGUCUGAGUGAACAAGAUUCAUGGCAAUUGUUUGCACAUAAAGCAUUUAGCAAUGGUGUAGAGGAGCAAGCAGAGUUAGCCCGCAUCGGAAGGCGUAUUGUCAAUAAAUGCGGGGGGUUGCCUCUUGCUCUCAAGACAAUGGGUGGAUUGCUGAGUUCAAAGGAAAAAGUACAGGAAUGGAAGGCCAUCGAAGAAAGUAACAUUGGGGAUAAUGAUGGAGGCAAAUAUGAGGUCAUGCCCAUACUGAAGUUAAGCUACAAACACCUGUCCUCUGAAAUGAAACAAUGUUUUGCAUUCUGUGCAGUUUUUCGCAAGGAUUAUGAGAUGGAGAAGGAUAGGUUGAUCCAACUAUGGAUGGCAAACUGCUUUAUUCCAGAAGAGGGAACAAUGGAUUUAGUACAGAAAGGAGAAUUCAUUUUUGAUGAGUUGGUUUGGAGGUCCUUCCUCCAAGAUAAGAAAGUGGUAGUCAAAUCUGCAAUCCAUCAUGGUGACACACAAUAUAAGACAGUUGUAUGUAAAAUGCAUGACUUAAUGCAUGAUCUAGCAAAAGAUGUCACAGAAGAAUGUGCAAGUAUAGAAGGAUCGUCUCAGCAGAAAGCAUUGUUAAAAGGUGUUUGUCACAUGAAAAUGUCAAAGGCUGAAUUGGAACGAAUCAGUGGGUUAUGCAAAGGCAGAACAUACCUCCGCACUUUAUUAGCUCCAUCAGAAUCAUGGGACGAUCAUAAUUAUAAUUUUCCAAGCAGAUCACACAAGGAUAUUAAGGAGUUGCAACAGGUAUUGGCAUCACUAAGAGCAUUGCAUUGCCCCCCUUCUCCAACUGUCAUUUGCAAGGCCAUAAAUGCAAAACAUUUACGAUAUCUUGACCUCUCUGGGUCUGACAUCGUGAGGUUGCCAGAUUCAAUAUGUGUGUUGUAUAACCUGCAAACACUGAGGCUCAUAGAUUGCAAGGAGUUGCAACAGUUACCAGAAGACAUGUCAAGAUUGAGAAAGCUCAUCCAUCUUUAUCUUUUUGGUUGUGAUAGGCUCAAAAGUAUGUCUCCAAACUUUGGUCUACUGAACAACCUUCACAUAUUAACAACAUUUGUAGUGGAUACCGGAGAUGGCCUUGGGAUAGAGCAGCUCAAAGAUUUACAAUGCCUUAGCAAUAGUUUGGAAUUGUUGAAUUUGAGCAAGAUAAAGAGUGGCGAGAAUGCAAGAGAAGCCAACCUCAAUCAGAAGAAAAAUCUAAGUGAGUUGUUCUUCUCUUGGGACCAAGAAAUAGAUGAUGGGCCUAGAGAUAUUGCAUGUAAUGUGGAAGAAGUGCUUCAGUGCUUAGAACCUCAUAGUAAUAUCCAGAAAUUGGAGAUAUGUGGAUAUGGUGGCCUAGAAAUAUCACAAUGGAUGAGAAAGCCUCAGAUGUUUGACUGCUUGAGAGAACUCAAAAUGUCUGAUUGCCCAAAAUGCAAGAGUAUCCCUGUAAUAUGGCUCUCAGUCUCUCUAGAGAUUUUGGUCUUAAAGAUGAUGGAUAACCUGACAACAUUAUGUAAUAACCUUGAUGAGGAAUGUGGAGGAUGCAUUACCCCUCUGCAAAUUUUCCCUAGGUUGAAGAAGAUGAGGUUGAUUGAGUUACCAAGCCUGGAGAUAUGGGCAGAAUAUAGUGUGGGAGAGCCUAGUAAUAACCUGGUAACAUUCCCAGUGCUUGAAGAGCUAGAGAUCAAAAAUUGCCCCAAGCUUGCAAGUAUUCCAGUGAUCCCCAAUGUCAGCAACUUGACAAUACUUGGAGUUCACAGUAUUGCAGUCGGUUCAGUUAUUAUGUGUAUCCAUUUAGGCUCCUGGCCAUUUCUGGUCCGCUUAACUCUUGGGUCUCUCGAAGACAAACCCAUGUUGCCUCUAGACGCCCAGCAAGGCCAAAGUGAAAUACCUCUUGAAAAACUUGUGUGGUUGACUCUGGAAGGCCCCAACAGCUUGGUCAGAAGCUCUCGAUUGUCCAGCUCACAACUUAUGGUUUGGAAAUGCUUUUCGUUUGUGGAAGACCUGACGAUUGAUGGUUGCAGCAAUCUUGUCCAUUGGCCAACAGAGGAGCUCUGGUGCUUGGAUCGCCUCCGCGUUCUGUAUAUCAAACGUUGUGACAACCUGGAGGGGAGCACUUCAUCGUCUGAGGAGGAAACCCUUCCGCUGUCCCUGGAGGAAUUGAUGGUUUCUGAGUGCCGGAGUGUGAUAGCGCUGCCUUCGAACCUUGGGAAUCUGGCCGAGCUGAGGAGUCUCUUUGUGAGAAACUGCAGCAUCCUGAAAGCGUUGCCUGAUGGGAUGUGUGGCCUCACUUGUCUUAGGGAAUUGAAGAUUUGGGGUAGUCCAGCUUUGGAGGUAUUCCCGCAUGGUCUCCUGGAGCGGUUGCCAGCCCUCGAACGCUUAUUCAUAAAUGGCUGCCCGGAGUUGGGAAGACGAUGCAGAGAAGGUGGGGAGUAUUUCCAAUUGGUCUCCUCUGUCCCACGUAAGUGGAUAUCACCAGCUUGAUUUUUUGAUGAUGGUGCAAAGUAAAUCGGCAAAAGCAUGAGCGCCCUGGUCUGAAUCUCUGAAAGCAUCCGUGGCAUGAAGGAGGCAAUGGUCAAUCUUGCCGCUGUGCGCGCCGUGACCUGGAGGGCCAACCGCCGUCCUCGUCAGGCCUUAUUCGGUUGAGGUGGUUUUUGAAGGAGAAUGACAGGGUUUGAGGGGGAUUAGAACCCCUACAAGUCAAAAUUCUCUCCAAUCCACUCCAAUCUCCUUGAGAGGAGGAUUAAACGAACAAGGCCUUAAAGAGGAAGGAGCAGAGGAUGCACGCUGUGGGCCGACACAUCAACCAGCAGCAGAGGGUCUCUCUCUCUCUCUCUCUCUGCGGAGGGAUUAGCGGCCGCAAUGGUCAUUACUUCUCUCUCUCUCUCUCUGCGGAGGUCCUCUGCAAGUAGUAUUUCAUUUUUCUCAAAAAUACAUAUAGGGAGUAUGUAGUAAUGCACGAGCUGGUCGUUCCUUCAAUCUGAACAGCACAAGGCAGGUGUGACUCCAACACUCUUACAUUUCUUCUACCGUACGAAUGUAUCGCAAGUUAAUUGUGC